AUGCGUGGUCUCCUGCCUUCUAUACUGUUGGGCGCUUCUCUUGUCUAUGGACUGAGCCUUCCCAUCUUGGGAGGGUUCUCCUAUCAAAUCAAUGGAUCCAUUAUUGCUAAAUAUCCUUCGGGCGGCGAUACUCUCUGUUACUUCCAGAUCGGUGCUUGCGAAUCACAGUCCUUGUCGAUGUAUGCGUCCAAUUUCACCGCUGAUCUGAGCAUUUCGGGUCCUCAGAACUUGCCGUGCACCGAACCACUACCAAACUGGAACCUGGAUGUGCAGAAUUUCGGCGGUGUCUUACGGCGGUUAAUAUCGACUGCGCCUUACACGCCUCCGGCUGAUGGGAUCCACGAGUCUGGAAUUUGGAUCAUCAGCCCAACGAUGCAAAUCACCGCGGCUUGGACGAAUACUGACGGAAGCAACGUCAACCUCGGGUUUGCCUGGGAUGGCGUAUACGUCUAUGCGACACCCAAUGCGACGGGAUUCGCUGCAGAACAGAACAUUGAAGACGGUGGUGACUGCCUGAGCGUCGUCGAGUUGUUCUUUGUUCCUGACUGUACCGGGAUCCUUAUCGAUAUUCCGGGUCUUCUUGAUUGGUGCAUCGAGCUUCCGCUGCAUCUUUGA